AGCUCUGCGGUUAAAUUCGAACAUUCAUUCAGUCGUGGUAAAACAAUUGAAACAAUCGGAGCAAAGUGUGAUCAGAGCAAAAAUGAAGAUUCCGUUAUUCAUAGCCUUGGUAUUGAUUGCCAUGUCAUGGCAGAGUGUUUCAGCUGCAGACCCAGUUGUUAAAAGCGACAAUUCAAGCGGCAAUCAAGUGAAUCAAACAUCAAACGGAGAUGAAAUGACUUUAACCGUUGCCCCGCAAACUGUUGACUGCUUCGGACCAUUUCCACAGAAAUGUCUACGGGUGAAAGAUGGCUCUACCGAUGAUUGGACAUAUUUCUAUUCACAUAUUAAUGGUUUUAACCAUGAAUCCGGCUAUGAAUAUGUUCUGAAAGUAAAAACUGAAGAUGUACCCAAUCCACCUGCAGAUGGUUCAUCAGUGAAAUACACAUUACUAGAACAAGUUUCUAAAACAAAAAAAAUAAACCCAUAGAAUUUAACGUCUACGGUAUACAAAGCCACUACUUAAAACUAAAACGGUAAAAAAGUAUCUUCAACAAAAAACCAUGAUCAUUGGCCCCAAAAAAGUGCAAACAGCAUGAUGCACACAGGAGACUGUUUUAUGGUAAAAUAGAAAACUAUUCAAAAAGAAUGUGAAUCUCCCUUAUGAGAUCAAAGGAUUUGAUUACAAACUCGGCUUUGAACAUACUAUCGAUGUAAAAACCAAAAAAAAAUUUAAAAAAAGAAAAAAAAAAGAAAAAUGUG